AUGGCUCCUUCUACAUCUGUUCAGAGUACUACUGACGCGGAUUGGCGCCCCAAGGUCAUCAUAUUCGACCUCCUGACCGCCCUCCUAGACUCCUGGACUCUAUGGAACGCCUCGACGCCGACCGGCACAGAGGAGGAGGGCCGCCGGUGGCGCGCACGCUAUCUCGAAAUCACCUUUGGCCAGGGCGACUACGUCCCGUACGAAGACCUCGUGAGGCAGGCUGCCGCCGAAGCCGGCGUCGCACCCUCCGCGCCCGCCUCCCUGCUGCGCAACUGGUCCAGCCUGCAGGCGUGGCCGGAAGUCCCUGACGUGCUGGCGCGGCUCCGGGCGCGCGGCUACCGGCUCGGCGUUGUAACCAACUGCUCCCGUGCGCUGGGCACCGCGGCGGGCGGGCGGGCGGGCGCGUUCGACACCGUGGUCACGGCCGAGGAGAGCGGCUUCUACAAGCCCCGGCGGGAGGCGUACGCAGCGAUCCUGGCGGCGAUGGGCGUCGAGCCCGGCGAGGCGCUGUUCGUGGCGGGCAGCGCGGGGGACGUCCAGGGCGCGACGGAGGCGGGCAUGACGGUCGUCUGGCACAACAGGGUCGGGCUGGCGGCGAAGGGGGCCGCGGUGCCGCUGCGGGAGAGCAGAUCGCUGGACGACGCGUUGAGGGGAUUCAUCUGA